AUGAGUUCAAUCAAGGGUCCAUCCAGCGCUCAAUUCGAUGGCUCUAGUUUACGCAUCGCCAUCGUGCAUGCGCGAUGGAACAAGACUGUCAUUGACUCACUCGUGGCGGGCGCAAUCAACAAGCUGAAAGCAUGCGGGGUUAAGGACUCCAACAUCAUUGUCCAGUCUGUCCCAGGUAGUUUUGAACUUCCUUUCGCAUGCUCGAAAAUGAUUGCAGGAUCAUAUGUUCAGGCGGCCACAUCUUCUCGUGAUCUGCUUGGGUUAAACUUUGGUGGUUCUUCGACAUCACUUCCAUCCAACAAGGAACCUUCUGCACCCACUCCAACACUUGUCGACAUGCCAAACGCUCCAUUUGAUGCAGUAGUGGCCAUCGGUGUCUUGAUAAAGGGCUCUACGAUGCACUUUGAGUAUAUCUGCGACAGCGUUUCUCACGCUCUCAUGAGAAUCCAGAUUGACACAGGUGUCCCUGUGAUUUUCGGCGUCCUAACAGCACUUACAGAGGACCAAGCAUUAGAACGAGCUGGUCUCGGCAGAGGGGCAGAGAAGGGUCACAAUCACGGCGAGGAUUGGGGACUUGCAGCAGUGGAGAUGGGAACACAGAGUAAACGAUGGGCUGAAGGGAAAUUUCUCUGA